AAUGAUCACGAGAAAUUACAGAGCAAGCGGAUAAAGAAGAAUGAAAAUGUUGCGGAUCCCCUUCCUGAUGACCAAAUAUACGCGAAAAAUCCACUCGAAUCACCUUGGUUUUUGCUAAUUUCUGAAAGAAUCUCAUAUAUUAUAGAUGUAGAUAUUGAGUCUGAAUAUUGUGAUGCCAGAAAAAGGUACAAGAUUCUUUAUUCAUGGGGAGAUGUAAUUGAUAAGGUCGAUUUCAGAGAUACAUCGAAAGAGGAUUGGAUUGUUGAAAGAUACAAUCUUUCGGAUGAAUUUCGGAAAUUUCAAAAGUUAACAAUUCGACAGAUUAAAGAAAACCC